CAAAAUUCAACGUAAAUGACUGUAACCAUUCCCUCCUCCACCAGGGGGCGCUGUCACGACACUACUCCCAACAGAAACGUCACGCCGGAAGUUACGUGUGGUGGACACAGAGCCAACAUGGCGGCGUUGUGUAAGGUUGUUUGCAGCGUGAGGACGGCGAGCCGCCGUUUGAGCACCACCAGGUGUUUUUACAGCUCCGAGCCCGCGGAGCCGUCCGGAGCCGCCGGGCGGCCCGGGGCGGAGCAGGCCGCCGAGCAGAGGCCCAGGUCCGGCUUCGCCGCGGCCUUCGAGGCGCAGGCUGACCUGCGGAGGCGCGACGCGGCGGGCGCCGGGAGGAGCGGCUCCUCCGCCGGGGAGGAGAGGUCGUUCGCGUCGCUGCUGCGCCGCUCCCCGCUGGUCCAGAUGGGCCCGGCCAAGGACAAGGUGGUGGUGGGGAGGAUCUUCCACGUCGUCCAGGAUGAUCUCUACAUCGACUUCGGAGCCAAGUUCCACUGCGUGUGCAAGCGGCCGGCGGCGGACGGGGAGCGGUUCCAGCGGGGCAGCAGGGUCCGGCUGCGGCUGGAGGACCUGGAGCUCACCGGCCGCUUCCUGGGAGCCAGCACCGACACCACGCUGCUGGAGGCCCGGGCCGUGCUGCUGGGCCUGGCCGAGCCACGGGACACCAAGCCCCGGGACGGCCCCAACUGACACGGCGGGGCAGGGAAGGUCUGGAGACGAACUGAGAACCCAUGGAGACCUGGACCCGGAGCUGAGGUCCACCUGAGGAGCAGGUGGUGCCGCACAGACUGACGGCUCACACUGUGUGCACUCACACUGAGCAGGGACACACUCACAUGUGGACAUGUGAAAUAACUUUAUUCUGACAUUAUUUAAGGAAUUAAAAGUCUUGUGUUCAGCUGUGGUGCUCUGUGUGUGUGUGUGUGUGUGUGUGUGUGUGUGUGUGUGUGUGUGUGUGUGUGUGUGUGAGGUUUUAUUUUGUGGGACUGUGACACAGAUGUGCACAAGUUUCCCUGCUUUCACAAGUAAAUCUGCCCUGCUUGUAAUUCUCCUUCAGCGCUGUGUGCCCUCUGUGGUCAGGCUGCUGUGACCUUUGACCUCCUGGCUUGUUGCUGAUGUUGAAUAAAUCUGUGAUUGUGAAAGUCUGGCA